AUGUCGAGUCCAUCUGAAAAAGCUUUGCUCUUGCAUGGCAAGAUGAUGGAGGAGUCUCCAAUAGCAAUGUUUAGCCAAGAUGAGCUUCAAGAUUUGAUUGGUACUAACAAACCGUCAGAACUAUUAACCUUAGCACAGGAACUUAUUGACAACAAGCUCGUAAAACUUAUCAAGCAUGGGGAGGAACUCAAAUUUCAAGCAAUAUCUCUGGCCGAAGCUGACAAAAUAACACAAAUGACUGAUGAUGAAGCCAUGAUAUACUCAUACAUUGAGGCUUCUGGAAGGGAAGGUAUAUGGACAAAGACUAUAAAGGCAAAGACGAACUUACAUCAACAUAUAGUAGUUCGAUGCUUGAAAUCUCUAGAGAAUCAAAGAUACAUAAAGUCAAUCAAAUCAGUAAAGCAUCCAACAAGAAAGAUAUAUAUGCUUUACAAUCUUCAACCAUCUAUAAAAGUUACUGGUGGACCGUGGUUUACCGACUCUGAGCUAGAUACGGAGUUUAUUGACUCUUUAUUAACCGUGAUUUGGAGAUUUGUGGCUUCCAAGACCUUUCCGUCAUCGUUUCAACCACCAAGUUCGAAUAUCAACAUUGUUCAAGCAUCGUUUCCCUCAACCUACACCGGUUUCGUUAAUUUGGACUCAAUAAUGGAUUUCAUCACGACGAACAAAAUCACAAAUAUAGAUUUGGCUGUAAAUAAUAUCAGAUCUUUAUGUGAUGUUUUGAUCUAUGACGAUAAGUUGGAAUUGGUUAAUCAAACAUUAGAUAUCUACAGGGCUACAUGGCAGAGUGUCUUGGAGGCUGGAUAUGGUAGAUCUUAUGAAGAAGAAGCUAAUAACGACCUCAUUAGUACGGAAAUGAAUGCAUUUAUUAAGAAUCGACCAUUUUCCAUCCUUGAUGACUUUUCUGUCCCUGACGAGGAGUCAAGUGACACCGCAUAUUUGGAUGCCUGGAUAUUCAGCUAG